AUGUCAAACAAACAAGAAAUACUUUCUUCUUCACUUCCCUCUCAAGAAAAAAAAGACGAAUUAACUGAAUCUUCACCUAAUUACCUUACAACAGAAUCUGUUUUAGAAGAAAGACAAGAAGAGAAAAUAGAAGAAAAUGGAUCUCCUUUACUUUCUGAGUCUUCUAAGAUAGAUACACCUGAAGAAGAAACAAAAGAAAAAAAAGGGAAAAAGAAUUUUCUAUCUAAAACUGUUGGUGGUAUUGCAAAAGGAACUAAAGCCGUUGGGCAUGGUCUUGUUAAAGGUACAAAAGUUGUUGGACAUGGUGUAGUUAGUGGAACUAAAGCAGUAGGUCAUGGUGUAGUUAGUGGAACUAAAGCAGUGGGACAUGGUGUAGUUAAAGGAGGUAAAGCAGUAGGUCAUGCUCUUAGCAAAGAUGAAAAAGAUAAGAAAAAAGAAAAAACUAAAGAAGACAGUUGUUCAGAAGGUGAGAUUAUUGUUUCAGAACCAUUACUUGAACAAGAAACAAAUGGAAGUGAUAUUUCUCUUAUAGAUUCACAAAGUCUUCAAAGUGCAAAUCCAAGUGAUAACAAAUCAACAAUUUCAAAUAUUAAUGGAGAUACUGUAUCAUAUACAUCUGCUUCAAUGAAUACAGAAACCAAAAGUGUUAGUCAAAGUUGUGCUAACAAUGACACAGUUUCUGUUACUUCAUUAGAUAAAACAGAAAAAGAAACAAAAAAAGAAAGUAAGUUCAGAAGAUUUGGUAAGAAAAGAAAUAGUUCAAAUCCUGAUGAUCCUACUUUAACUUCAGGAUCACAAAAAGCUGAUGAAUCCUCUUCUUCAUUAGAAAAAUCAGAAAAAUCACAUAACUCAAAAGACCUAUCUAAGAAAACACAAGAAAAAGAAGAUAAAGAAAAGAAAGGUGUAUUUGCCUCAGCAGGAAAAUUUGUAAAAGGGUUAGGUGAAUCAACUAAAGAAGCAUUAACAUUUAGUAACGAAAAGAGUAAUGAAGAAAAAGCAAGAGAAGAACAAGAAAAUUUAAUAGUACUACAAUUAUUUAAAGAGAAUGUCCGUUGUUUUGAUAGUAAUUCAGUUGUUACAUUACCAUGUGAAUCAUUAGUUGGAUAUAAAAGAAUGAAUAAAUCUAAGAUUACUAAAAGAGAUUUAGUUUUUGCAAUGUGUAGUAAUGCAGUUUAUCGAGGAACAAUUAAAAUUGAUUCUUGGAGUACAAUGGAAAUGCCAAAAGAUACAUACAAAGAAGGAAUAUUUGGUGAUUCAUUAAUUACGUUAAAUGUUAAAGAAGAUGGAUAUUUUGUCGAAACAUGUUCUGAAUCUGUAGAUCAAAAAACAGACUUAAAAAAUUUCACUAUUGUUGAUUUUGAAGCUGACUUCCCAUUUUAUAAAGAAUUUUUUUAUGGUAAUGAUCAAGUCAAACAUUAUUUAUCUAAAGAAGAAAAUGUUAUUUGUUCUAUUCAACGUUUCAAAGAAGUUUCUCGUUGUAUUUUAAGAAAUGGUCAAGGAGUUACACGUUGUCUUAUUGGAAAAGAAGAAUCAGAAAAACCACAAAAUUAUACUAAAUUUUUCAAAGAUCCAAAGACUGUUAUUUGUUUAAAUAAUACAAUAGAAAUUGAUGAAGAAUUACUUGAAAUGGAAACUAAAUCUUUAAUAACCCAUUAUAAGUUUGGGGUUAUUUAUGUAAAACCUGAUCAAACAGAAGAAAAUGCAAUCUUUAGAAAUACUCCAGAAAGUUGUUCUCCAGCAUUUUGGAAAUUCUUAGACCUUAUUGGUAAUAAAAUUGAACUUAAUGGAUGGAGUGGAUAUAGAGGAGGGUUAGAUGUUAAAACAGGGACAACAGGAGUACAUAGUUAUAUUUCUCAUUCAAAUAAUUUUGAAAUUAUGUUUCAUGUUGCACCUUUAUUACCUUUAUUACAAAAUGAUGAACAAGCACUAGAAAGAAAAAGACAUGUUGGUAAUGAUGUUGUUGUAUUAAUAUUCAAAGAACAAAGUAGUUCAUCUGAUAGAUUUGAUCCAAGGUGGUUAACAAGUCAUUUUAAUAGUAUUUUCUUAGUUGUUACACCAGAAAAAACUACAGAAGAUAAUAAUAAAUAUCAUAUCACUGCUUGUACAAAACCAUCUAUUAAUCCAUUUCCACCAUUCAUUAAUGAAACAGGUAUAUAUAAUCAUGACGAUGAAUUUAGAGAUUUUGUAUUAAGAAAAUUAAUUAAUGGAGAAAGAAUGGCAAUGUUUUCUCCUACUUUUAAAUUAAAUUACAAGAAAACUAUUAGAGAACAACUAAAAGACUUAAAUGAAAGAUAUUACAAGCAAGAUCUUCUUUCACAAAUUAAUUUCUUCUAA